ACGUCCAAGCUACCAACUAUCAAGUAUAUGUGCAGACUGCAUACCGGUUCCUGUUGCCAACGAUUGGCGUGAGGCAAUCGUGAGCGUGACAGAGGCAAAGGAUUGACCCAGGCACCGAUUUCCAUGCCAUGAGCAUGACACAGCAACACAUUCCUCGCGAUGCGAGGUUGAUGGCAUUGAUUGCCAGUUCCAUGGGCAUCCAGGACUACGAGCCCUCUGCCCUGAUUCAGCUCCUUGACUUUGCUCACAGAUACACCUAUGAUGUCUUGCAGGACGCCAUCAUGUACGCCGACCACGCAUCAUCCGCUGCAAAAGGUAUCCCAACAAGCGUAUCCCUUGACGACCUACAGCUAGCCGUCCAGAGUCGUGUCAACUACAGCUUUACCCAGCCUCCAUCAAAAGAAAUGCUCCUUUCCCUUGCAACUUCGUUGAAUACUAUGCCUCUGCCACCCAUUUCGGAUAGCCACGGAGUGCGGUUACCUCCACGACAGCACCGACUUACCAACAUAAAUUUCAACAUUCUUCCGAAUGCUCCACCGCCGGAAGUGCUGGGAGACGAGUCGGAAGACGACCCAAUCAAGUCUGAAGCUGCGCCACCACGUUCGAAUCCUGCUGGAGCAGCGAGCCAUGGGAGAGACUUGGAUGAGGAUGAUGAUUACGACGAUGAAGAGGAGAGCCAUGGCGCAGGAAGCAAUGGCGCAAAUCCCCUCGCUGCGUCCGCGUCUGCUGCCAAUGGAAAUGGGGGAGACGCGGCAUCCUCUACAGCAAAUGCUGAGCCCAGAGGGCUCAAACGAAGCUUGGAUGAAGACGAGGAUUACGACUGAAAUUUGAACAGCAAUAUGCUUCCGAUGCACGCGAGGUGCAGCUGUUCGCAAACCUAUCUCGAAUCAUGGAAGGGUCUGAUCUUGCGUCCGUAUUUGAGUGUCCUUCUUCGAGCCAAACGGGAGUCUGUUGCUUUUGAGCGCACGUUGAAGUGAAAUGUAAUUUAUAGAAUACAGUUGAAUGAUGCAUGCAGCGGUGAUGUUAU